UUCAUGGUAAAAACUUAGCCUGUGCUCUCGCAAAAUCUCCUUGUUCAUCAUCGUCAUCACUAUCUCCAUCAUCGUCCUCCCUGACCAAAGCGACGGCGUUUAGUCUCUCUCUGCCGAGCGAAAGAGAUAUUCUUUUGAGGUCUUCGAAUAACUUAUUCGAAGACCGUUAAGUAGUAAGGAAAUUCGGUGCCAAAAAAGAAAUAAAAAAAAAAGUUGAGAGAAAAAUAAUCGAUGGUUGGGUACUGAAUGGGAAAUCGUGGGCAAAAGCGUACAGAAACAGUGGAAGAAUUGCCGGCCGAUAAGCGAGUCUGCAAUUCUCUUGAGUUCAGACCGAGUUCAUCAAACUCAUCGGUUCAAACUCAUAUGAAUUCUACUAACUCAACUGCUGAAACCGGUGAACAUGAUAUGGAUACCUCAUCUUCUGCUUCGGCCUCUAGCCGGUCUGAGGGAGAACCCGAAAAGGAUUCAACGUAUGGGUCUUGUGAUUCUGAUGACGCAGAGCAAAGACACUCUGAGCUUAGAGACUACCAGAGGCGGCGAUCUUCUGGUGAUCAUGGAAAAUUUAAGAGGAUCUUAUCAGUUCUGAGUGAAGAAACAGAGGAGUCUGGGCAGUUAGUCGUGCUUACUGAGCUAUGUGAAGUGCUGUCAUUUUGUACAGAGAAUUCACUUUCUAGCAUGACGUCUGACUCCCUAUCUCCUUAUCUUGUAAGGCUCUCAAGACACGAGACUAACCCAGAAAUUAUGCUAUUGGCUAUAAGAGCUAUAACUUAUCUAUGUGAUGUUUAUCCCCGAUCGUCGGGUUUUCUGGUCCGACAUGAUGCGGUUCCUGCUCUUUGUCAAAGAUUACUGGCAAUUGAAUACUUGGAUGUGGCAGAGCAGUGUCUGCAAGCAUUGGAGAAAAUAUCGCGCGAGCAACCACUUGCUUGUCUGCAGGCUGGUGCAAUAAUGGCUGUCCUCAGUUUUAUCGAUUUCUUCUCAACAAGCAUGCAGAGAGUUGCUCUUUCCACUGUGAUGAACAUAUGUAAGAAGCUUCCUUCUGAAUGUCCCUCACCUUUUAUGGAGGCUGUCCCGAUAUUAUGCAAUCUUCUUCAGUAUGAAGAUAAGCAGCUUGUUGAAAUUGUGGCUCUCUGCUUGAUUAGAAUUACAGAGCGAGUUAGGAAGUCUUCUGAGAUGCUGGAUGAACUUUGUAAGCAUGGGUUAAUUCAGCAGACCACCCAUUUUAUAAACUCAAGUAGCCGAACUACUCUGUCACUACCAGUUUAUAAUGGGUUGCUAGGGGUGCUAGUCAAACUUUCCUCUGGCUCAGUUGUAGCAUUCAAGACUUUGUUUGAGCUUAAUAUAAGUAGCAUAUUGAAGGAUGCCCUGUCUAAUUAUGAUAUCUCACAUGGAGUUUCUUCUCCUCGUACAGCUGAUGGGCAGGGAAAUCAGGUAUAUGAAGUGCUAAACUUAAUAAAUGCGCUUCUUCCUACUUCAACCAGAGAUCAAGAUGCACCAGAAUUGUUGGAUAAAGAAUCUUUUCUUAAACACCAGCCUGACCUUUUGAAAAAUUUUGGGAUGGAUGUUCUUCCCUUGUUGAUCCAGGUGGUUAAUUCUGGGGCAAAUUUAUAUAUUUCCUUUGGCUGCCUUUUUGUAAUCAACAAGUUGAUUCAUUUGAGCCCAGCUGAUGUGCUUGUUGAAGUGCUCAAGAAUGCCAACUUUUCGAGUUUCUUGGCUGGUGUAUUUACUAGAAAGGAUCCUCAUAUUUUGAUCUUGGCCCUGAAGAUAGCUGAAUUGGUUCUACAAAAGCUUUCAGAUAUUUUCUUGGACUCUUUCAUAAAAGAAGGUGUUCUUUUUGCCAUUGAUGCCCUGUUAAAAUCAGAAAAGUGUCCAGAUUUAAACCCAGAUAAAUAUUCACAGUUGAUGGUCCCUGUGUUUUGUUCAACACAGUUCUCAUCUGAUUCGAGUCAAAAGUCUGUUUCCAGGGAGUCUCUUACAUGCUUAUGUUACACUUUUGCUUCUGGUAGUGCAGCUCCAACAGUGGAAAGUAAUAACUGUAAGCUUGAAAAGGAUUCUGUUUACAAUCUUGCUAAGCAUAUAAGAACAAGUUACUUCUCAGCUGAUUUAUUUGACUCUGAUAAAACAUUAACUGAUGUUCUUCAAGAGCUCAAAAGUUUUUCUUUGGCAUUAAAUGAUUUGUCGAACAUCUCCAUGAACAAUGAAGCCUUUGAUCAUCACGAGGAGAGGUUCUAUGAUAUAUUGUGUCAAGUGAUCACAAAGCUUAGUGGAAGUGAGCCCAUCUCCACAUUUGAGUUCAUUGAAAGUGGAAUUGUCAAAUCAUUGAUUAAUUACCUGUCAGAUGGCCAGUAUUUGAGUGAAGAAAGAGAGUGCUGUGUUAAUCACUGUAAUAUUGAUGCCAUGGAGAAAAGAUUUGCAGCAUUUGCAAAAGUGUAUUUGCUUUCAUCAGACUCAUUUUCUCAAGAUUUUCCCCUAUCAACCUUCAUACUUAAAUUACAAAAUGGACUAUCUUCUUUGGAAGCAUUCCCUGUUGUUUUGAAUAAUGCCAAGAUGAGGAGCUCGUUUGCUGCUGUUCCAAGUGGACGUUGCAUAAUGUAUCCAUCUCUAACAGUUCGUUUUGUAAGAGGUGAAGGAGAGACAGGCCUUAGUGACUACACUGAAGACUAUCUGACAGCUGACCCCUUUUCCUCAGUGGAUGCCAUUGAAGGGUUUCUGUGGCCUAAAGUCAAGAGUGAAGUGACGAAGCCAUUGAUGCAAGCUUCGGGCCAAAUAGAAAAACUACCACUUCAAUCAUUAGCAGCUGCAAGUUCUAGCCCAGAUGGACGUCUGGAUGACAGGGGAUCAGACAGCAUGUUGACAGAUUUGACUAAGACGCAGGAGAUUCAUGCUUCUUUGUCACAGGCUGCCCAUGAACAAACGGUCAAUUCUAGCGAGGCAACUCCUGGAGCAAUGUCUCAGGAAUCUGCAGAGGAAGGACAGUUUUAUCCAAAGGCAGAUAUUGAUAUGGAAAGGGAAUUCUCUGCAUCUAGUAGUAGUACAGAUACUUUGCCCAACCUGUUAUUUUUCCUUGACGGGCAACUGCUAGAGCGGGACUUGACAUUAUACCAGGCAAUUAUUCAAAAACAAAUUAGAGAGCAUGAAACUGUUGCCAGCACGAGAUUGUGGAGUCAAGUUUACACCUUAACAUACAAAAAAUCUGCAAAUAAACCUUAUAAUAUUAAGGAAUGCUCUUGUUCAGUUAAAAAGUGUGGUCUAUCUGAUGCAAUCAAGAAGUACGUGCAGCAAACUUCAUUUUCCUCCAGCAUGUUCACUUCUGAUCUUGCUUCUGACUUGGAGAAACCAAGCCCUACUUAUGAUAUAAUGUAUCUGCUGAAAUGCUUGGAAAGGAUGAACAGGUUUCGUUUCCAUCUGAUAUCUCAAGAAAGAAUGGGUGCUUUUGCUGAAGGAAAACUUCAUGAUUUAGAUAGGUUAAAGAUAUCAGCAGUACCUUCAGUGCCGCAGAAUGAGUUUGUAAGUAGUAAGCUAACAGAAAAACUAGAACAGCAGAUGCGUGACCGAAUGGCUGUGUCCAUUGGUGGUAUGCCUUCAUGGUGCAGUCAGAUAAUGGCUUCGUGCCCCUUUCUAUUUAGUUUUGAGGCAAGAUGCAAGUACUUUCGUUUGGGAGCAUUUGGUCAGUUGCCACUAUCUCAUAGUGAUUCAGGCAUGGCAAUUGACAGGCGACUAAGAUCUGGUGGUUUUUCUCGUAAAAAGUUUUUGGUUUCUCGUGAUAGCAUUCUGGAAUCUGCUAAACAAAUGAUGGAACUGCAUGCCCGCUAUAAGGGACUACUCGAGGUAGCAUUUAAUGAUGAAGUUGGUACUGGUAUUGGUCCAACAUUGGAAUUCUUUACCUUGGUCAGCCAUGAAUUUCAAAAGACUGGAUUGGGCAUGUGGAGAGAUGAUCAUGGAUUUACUUCUAAUACUAGUUUGCAGCUUGAGAAUCAAGAGUUUGUGAUGUGCCCUUUGGGUCUAUUUCCUCGCCCAUGGUCAUCUUCUAAAGAUGUCUCUGAUGGGAUUCAAAUUAGUGGCGUGAUGAAAAACUUUGAACUCCUGGGGCAAAUUGUAGCAAAAGCUCUUCAUAACGGACGAGUUUUGGAUCUUCACUUCUCAAAAGCCUUCUAUAAGCUUAUUCUUGGACAGGAACUUGGUAUGUUUGAUAUCCUGUCAUUUGAUCCUGAGCUUGGAAGGACAUUGCUAGAGUUCAAGGCUCUUGCAGAGAGGAAACUCUUUCUGGAAUCCACUGGUGGAGACGUUUCCACGUUUAAGUUUGAUACGUGCUUCCGGAAUACAAGAAUUGAGGAUCUUUCCCUCAAUUUUACUCUUCCCGGGUAUCCUGAUUUUUUUCUUGCUUCUGGACCUGAUUAUGACACUGUAACUAUGAGAAACUUGGAGAAGUAUGUUUCACUUGUUGUAGAUGCAACUUUAAGUGAUGGAAUAUCAAGACAAACGGAAGCAUUUAAAUUAGGGUUUAAUCAGGUUUUCCCUCUAGAGCAACUUCAGAUCUUUACUGAAGAGGAAUUGGAACGCUUACUAUGCGGAGAACACAAUUCUUGGGCUGCUGACGAGCUCAUUGAUCAAGUGAAGUUUGAUCAUGGAUACACUGCUAGCAGUCCUCCUGUAGUUUAUUUGCUAGAGAUUAUACAAGAGUUCGACAAGAAACAGCAACGAGCAUUCUUGCAAUUUGUGACUGGAGCACCUCGUUUACCUCCAGGAGGUUUGGCUUCUCUUAAUCCAAAGUUGACUAUCGUUCGAAAGCAUUGUAGCGGCUGUGUAGAUGCAGACCUCCCAAGUGUCAUGACAUGUGCCAACUAUCUUAAACUGCCACCCUACUCGUCAAAAGAGAGGAUGAAAGAGAAGCUAUUGUAUGCAAUAACAGAAGGACAAGGAUCCUUCCAUCUUUCGUAGGCGAGAACUUGCUCAGCUUAGAACUGUGAAUUUGUAAGUAUUAGAGUAGGAGGGGCUGAUGUGAUUGCUGGAUUGGUGUAUAGAUAAAAGAAAUGGGCAGUGAUGACUGAAGAAGAUAGGUUCUUUUUCUUUACUGACAAUAACUGGUUGAGGUUGGUUAAUAGUUGGUGGUGAAUGUGGAUAGCUUAAUUUAGUUUUACAGAGAAAAUUUGUAUAGAUGGUUUCAAGUUUCAGAAGCAUUUGGUUUACAAACCUGUACAGAAGAGAUGUUUGAUCUCAUAACAUCAAAAGCAGUUUCCUUUCAAACGAA